AUGCCUCUCAAGCGAGAAGAUACGGAGCGUGCCCUCCAGGCCAUGGAGGCGUGCCAGUCGGUGGCUGACGAGGGCUUCAGAGGGCGAGCCGAGAAGCUGCUGCACAUCUUUCAGAGCGACCUCUUCCAGGCACUGCUGGAUAUCCAGGAGUUCUAUGAACUGACGGUGUUCGAGAACCAGCAUUCCACCAGACCCCACACUCCAAGCCUGAAGUACCGUUACCAAGAUGAGGAGACGCCUCCACUGGAGCACAGUCCCGCCCACCUGACUCCGGGGAAGAGUGGAGAGCUUUUGCACCUCGGCGACGGCAGCCACGCCCCUAUCGACGGUCUCCACGGCUACGGAGGUCACCCACACCUAUCGCCUAGCAAGCCCGUGUUGUUACCCGGCAGCCAAACUCCUUACUACGCUACCUCCACUCUGAUGAAUGGGAUGGAUGGGGAAGUUGAAUAUGAGGAAAUUACGCUGGAGAGGGGUAACUCUGGCCUGGGCUUCAGUAUAGCUGGAGGGAUCGACAACCCCCACAUAGGAGAUGACCCCAGCAUCUUCAUCACCAAGAUCAUACCAGGAGGAGCCGCCGCACAGGACGGCAGGCUGAGGGUGAACGACAGCAUCCUGUUUGUGAAUGACGUAGACGUGCGGGAGGUGAGCCACAGCUUGGCGGUGGAGGCCCUGAAGGAGGCGGGGCCUAUCGUCCGCCUCUACGUCCUGCGCCGCAAGCCCGUCGCCGAGAAGAUCAGCGAGAUCAAACUCAUCAAGGGACCCAAAGGUCUUGGCUUCAGUAUAGCAGGUGGCGUGGGGAACCAGCACGUCCCAGGAGACAACAGCAUCUACGUCACCAAGAUCAUCGAGGGCGGGGCCGCACACAAGGACGGACGGCUACAGAUAGGGGACAAAAUACUAGCCGUAAAUAACGUCUCCUUAGAGGACGUGAUGCAUGAGGACGCGGUGGCGGCCCUGAAGAACACGGCGGAGGUGGUCUACCUGAGGGUGGCCAAGGCUCCCCACCUGUACCCAGGAGACGCAUACAACCCCCCAGACAUCACCUCGUCAUACUCUCCACACAUGGACGACAUGGGCCAUCCGAACUACCUGACGUCUGAUUACCCACAAACCCUCUCUCCCACCACGCCGCGACGCUACUCGCCCAUCCCCAAGGGGCUCAUGGGAGAGGACGACAUCCCCAGGGAGCCUCGGCGCGUCCUGAUCCACCGGGGCUCGACGGGUCUGGGCUUCAACAUCGUGGGCGGUGAGGACGGCGAAGGCAUCUUCAUCUCCUUCAUCCUGGCCGGAGGACCCGCCGACCUGAGCGGAGAGCUACGCAAGGGGGACCAGAUACUCAGCGUGAAUGGGGUGGAUCUUCGGCAUGCGACUCACGAACAGGCGGCUGCAGCACUGAAAAACGCCGGCCAGACGGUCACCAUUAUCGCACAGUACCGACCAGAGGAGUACAGUCGGUUUGAGGCCAAGAUCCACGACCUGCGGGAACAGCUGAUGAACAGCAGCAUGGGCUCGGCCACCACGUCGUUACGCUCCAGCCAGCGGAGCUUCUACAUCAGGGCCCUGUUUGACUAUGAUAAGACGGCUGACUGUGGCUUCCUGAGCCAGGCCCUGGGCUUUGGCUUCGGGGACGUGCUGCAUGUGCUGGACUGUGCCGAUGAGGACUGGUGGCAAGCUAGACGCCUGAGUCCGCACGGAGAGCUGGAGGAGGCCGGAUAUAUACCCAGCAAGAGGAGAGUGGAGAGGAAGGAGUGGUCUCGCAAGUCCAAAGAGCGGGGAAGCGUAGGGAGAGACGAUUACAUCCAGAGCUAUGAGGCCAUCACACAGAUUGAAGUGCACUACGCUCGUCCUAUAAUCAUCCUGGGCCCGACUAAGGACCGCGUCAACGACGACCUGCUAUCUGAGUUCCCAGACAAGUUUGGAUCCUGCGUCCCACACACGACUCGGCCGAAGCGUGACUAUGAGGUGGACGGCCGUGACUACCACUUCGUGUCGUCGCGUGAGCAGAUGGAGAAGGACAUCCAGAGCCAUCGCUUCAUCGAGGCCGGCCAGUACAACAACCACCUCUAUGGCACCAGCGUCCAGAGCGUACGGGAGGUGGCCGAGCAGCAAGGGAAGCACUGUAUCCUGGACGUGUCGGCUAAUGCCAUCAGAAGACUGCAGGCGGCUCAGCUGCACCCCAUCGCCAUCUUCAUACGACCCACGUCCCUGGAGAAUAUACUGGAUAUCAAUAAGCGCCUGACUGAGGAGCAGGCGAGGAGAGCUCUGGACCGAGCCAUCAAGCUGGAACAGGACUUCAUAGAGUGUUUCACAGCCAUCGUGGAGGGGGACAGCUUCGAGGAGCUCUACCACCGCAUCAAGUCUGUCAUCGAGGAGCAGUCGGGACCCUACAUCUGGGUGCCCACGCGAGAGAGACUCUGA